UGGUUAAAAGCCAUGUGAAGUCUCUUUUCUCUUUCGUCUCCUCUCUUCCUCUGUGUAUCUCACUCGCUGACUCGACCUGCAAUGCUCAGGGCAGUUAACGGCUCUGGCAAUGCUUAACAAUGCACAGACUUGAUUGGCUGAGCAGAAUCACAUGGGACGAUUAGAGCACAUGCGAUUGGUCUGUGAGUUUCCUGUGUCGCUGAACGAGGACAGUAAAUGCUAGAAAAGCUGCACAUUAUAGAAUAGAACACUGUUUAAAAAUAUGGAAUUGAAAAAUGCUGGGAAUAAAAAGCUGCACACAGAAAGAUGUCUUUAAUCUACAAUCUUAUCAUGGGGAUUCUUGGAAAGCAGUAGCCUAAAGAUGCCUUGACUGCUGGAACCAAGUGAAAAGCUUUUGUAGCCAGUCGGGACAGUUUGGGGAAAGCACCUAAAGCUGGACAUAGGUGCACACGCCGACUGUCCCAUUGAGUUGAGCCCCCCCAGGGUUGUGGUGAGAUAUGGAGAUCCAGUCUCAGUCAACUGCAGCAUGCAUGCAAGUGUGCCUGAGAGCAUGUUUGACGGAAUGGGCUGGGAAGCUCCAGGAGGCACAGGGAUAGUGAAGAAUGUCAGAAGUUUGAAUUGGACUCCGAAGACGCUAACUGAAUGGGACAUCAAACCCCAAUGCUACUUCAACCCAUUAAAUGAUAGUCUUAAACAGUGCUUCAAAGACCUAAUAAUUGUAAUUUACACAUUCCCAGAGACCAUCCGUAUCAGCUCCAGCAGUGGCUCAGAUGGUGUGAUGAAGGAAAAGGAGGACUAUAACAUCACUUGUGACAUCCACAAUAUAGCCCCUGUUCAAAAUCUCACUGUAAAGUGGUACAAAGGAGAUGUCAUUGUCCGAACAGACACUUUUGACAAUCCCAGUAAGAAACCAGUGAAUCAGUCAUCUGUCCUCAACUUUACACCGACUAGACAAGACGACAGAGUCACAUUCAGAUGCGAGGCACAUUUGAACCUGGGGCCAGAAGAGCCACAAUAUAAUGUAUCUUCACAAGAGUAUAAUAUCACAGUUCACUUUGGACCAGAUGUACCAUGUUCCAGUUCUGCGUUACUGGAAGGGGAAACUUUGGAGAAGCUAUGCAAUGUGACAGGAAAUCCCAAACCAAUUGUCAAAUGGCUGAAAGACAAAAAGCUCACAGACCCGACCGUCCCUCUGAGUAGGGAGAAUGCAGGGCUGUACACCAUUGAAGCUAAUGGCUUGUCAUCCAUCCAAAAGGAACUCUUGGUUACUGUACUGUAUGGACCAGAGUUGAUGUGUCCAAGCACUUACACUGGAAUGGAAUACGCUCCUCACAACUUCACCUGCAUUGUUAAGGGCUAUCCUAAACCUAAGACAGUCUGGUACAAAGAUGGUGAGGAGGUGGAGGAAUUUCCGGAGAAAUUCACGAGACGUGAUGCAGGGCAGUACUUGAUCACAGCUUCAAACAAUCUGACAAGUGUGAAUAUCACAGUGGAGAUUAAUGUCAUUUACCCACCAUCACAGAUAGUUGAGCUCGAAGAUUCUGAAGUCAACCUUGGUUCUACUGUGUCGCUGAAGUGCUCCUCCACGGGCAACCCACGACCAAAAUAUUUCUGGAAUUAUUACCGGACUGCCAAUGUGAUGGAGGAAAAUGAAGAUGGAGUGUCCCGUCUUAACAUCCGCAAUGCUACUGCAUACAACAUGGGCUCCUACACAUGUCAUGCCACGAAUGACAGAGGAAAUGUCUCUAAAACAGCCAGAGUCACUGUAAAAGGUGCCGAGCAAGAAUGCCCUAUUGAAAUAACUCCAGACACGAUGGUGAUACAAUACCAAAGCAGAGACCAGAAUGCAACAUGCAAGUCAACAUCCGCCGGCUCCAAAAAUCUACAAGAAAUAUACUGGCGGGGUCGACCAGAUGUCAAAAGCAAAAUUUGGCUUGUUGACACCAAUAAAGGCUGGGACGUAACGCCUCUUUGUAUAGCAAAUUUUACGGGAAUAGGACAGUGCCAGAAAAAUUUAAGCAUCACUCUUUACAAAACUCCAGACAGUGUCUCCAUCCAUCGUGUGGAUAACGUGAGCUCAGUGGUGGUGGAGGAGAGAGAGCUCCAGCUGCAGUGUGACAUUACCAACGUUGCUCCUGCACAAAACCUCACUGUGCUGUGGUACCAAGGGAAUGAAACCUUCAAACCACUUGUCACAGGUCCAAUGAAAGUGACUAGCUGCCCGCAUGAGAACAGCACAAACUGUGACGUGAAUGUGAUCCGAUCCCCGGUAAAUGUGUCGUCUACCAUUAGCAUCACUCUGAACAGAAAGCAUAAGGGAGCGGAGUUCAGAUGUGAGGCUCAUUUGGACCUCGGACCUGAGGGACCACAGCCUCCUCCAAACAUGAUGUCCAGCCCUCUCAACAUCACUGUCUACUAUAAGCCCGUCAUCAAUACCACAAAGCUUCCAAAGACAAUCCCAGUGUUCAGAGGUUAUCCAGAGGAGCUCGUUUGUGAAUCCGAGGGUCACCCACCUCCAAAGAUCCAGUGGCACUACAGCUCAGACAAACAGCCCCAUGUGACUGGAGACACACUCAUUGUGUCCGAAGCAGGCCUCUACAACUGCAGCGCCACCAAUGACGUUGGUUCCGUCUCCCGUGAGGUCGAAGUGAUUUUAAAAGGAAAGCAUGUGAGUUCCUCCUGUCUUGAGAUGAGCCCUCCUAGAGUUGUGGUGAGAUUUGGAGACUCGUUCUCAGUCAACUGCAGCUCAAAAAUCAAGGCAAGCGGAAUGGGCUGGGAGUCUUCAAACGGAGGCAUACCGCUGAGAGAGAAUGCCACUUUUCUUACCUUAAAGGCAACCGCUGUGAAAGAAUGGGACUUAAAUCCAAUAUGCUUCAUCAAUCCCUUUGGCAGUGACAAUAAACAGUGUUUAGAAAGCCUACCAGUCACUGUUUACAAAAUGCCGGACAGUGUGUCGAUGUCUCACCUGAGUCAAAUGGUCCCAAUGGUAGAAGGUCAAACUUACCUCAUGCAGUGUGACAUUGUUAAUGUUGCACCUGUAAGAAACCUUUCUGUGAACUGGCACAAAGGAAAUAAGGUAUUCUAUACUCAGACAUUUGACGAGUCCCAUCUAACUCCAGUCAAUAAGACAUCAGUCUACAGUCUGACCGCCCAUAGAGAUGAUAAUGGUGCUCAGAUCUGGUGUGAAGCAAAGCUGAAAUUUGAGCCAACAGCACCAAAUCCUCCCGCAAUCCAAUCAAAUUCACAUGAAAUGAAUGUACAGUACCCACCAACCUUCACUGGGCCUGCAAAUGAGACGCUGGAACUUCCAGAUCGUAGUAAAAUGAUUUUAAAUUGCACUGCCACAGGAAACCCAAUGCCAGCAUACAGUUGGCAUGUUCCACAUCCAAUACAACAGUCGAAGGAGGACCAAAAUGAGAAUCAACCUAUUUUGACCCUGUCCAUUCAGCUUCCAGGGACCUAUAACUGUACAGUGGCUAAUAUCCGGGGCACCAAGACCAAAUAUUUCACUGUCAUCAAAGCUACAAGGGAUCAAACAACUUUUGCAGCCUUGGUUGGAGUAUUUGUGGCUCUGGGAGUCCUGCUCCUCAUUGGCGGGGCUUUUUUUGUGACACCUGAAGGCACAUUUUCCUUCAGCAGAGGCGGCUAUCUCAGAGGACAUCCUGCCUCAUCAGGACCUCACAGUCCAGCUAGAGUAAAUACUUGAGCGUGAUCUGAAUACUCCAAUGGGGCACAUUGUUGAUAGUGAGUUUUUUAUAGUUAUUAUUCAUUUCAUUUUUGUAUGUGCAUAAAUUAUGCUAAUGUCAUGUUCUGUAAAAUAAUAUUUACCAAAUAUUGUUUUGUGUGUAUGCACUGGUAUGACUCUUGAAUGUUUUUGCACUGAAAAGAUGAACCAUGCCAUUUUUAUGGUGUGCCCACAAUUUCAUUUGAUGAAAGUUUGUUAUUUUAUUGAAAUGACCCAAAUAUGAGCCACUAAAUCCUGUGUGAGACAUACAAUCUGUCUGAAGUACAAAAUGCUGAUUUCCAUUUGUAAACCUUUGUUACUGAAUGAAAUGAAAAGUAAGUGAAAUGAAAGUUUAAAUUGAGAGAUGUUAUUUUCAAGGGAAUAUCGUUUAAAAUGUUCUGUAAAUGCAUUGUGUGCAUGAACAGGUUUUGCAUAUACAUCAACAUCACUUGCUAAAUUAAACCAACAUCUCUGUCCUUUUGCAGAAUAAUGAUUGAGGCAAAGUCAAACCAGUGUCUUUCAUCAAUAUGUUUCACUGCCACCUUUUGUCAACCCCCCAGACCCCCAUUCAAUCUGGCUUACAUUAUACACUGCUGAGACUGCCAUACUAAUUAGUACUGUACAAAGAGAAUGUAAAGGAGAGCAUUUGUUGUCCUGUCUACGGUUGCCAAGAUAAAUCUAUUUUUUCUGAA